AUGUAUGUUUGCAGUGAAUCAACUGAACUCGUAAGUGAAAGUAAGAGACGUCGUCGUUCACAGACUCAAAGGAAGGAAUCAGCUGAAGCCAUAAAUGAAAGUAGUAAAUAUCGCCGUUCACAGACUCAAAGGAAGGAAUCAGCUGAAGUCACAAACACCGAAAGUAAGAAACGCCGUCGUACACAGUUUACCCAAAGGGGAGGAUCAGGUGAAGUCAUAAACGAAAGCAGGAAACUUCGUCGUUCACAGAAUCAAAAUGGACAUUCAGUUGAAAUGUACAGCGAGGGUAAGAGAAAACCAAGAAGACGUCAAACGCACCGAAUCAAAAGUCCUGAUAUUAAACGUAGAAGUAGAGACGGAGAUGAGUAUGAUCUCAUUUAG